AUGGCGAGCACAAAGAAGUCGAGCAAAGAGUCUAUAAAGGAAUAUGUGAUAAUGGUCGCUCGUGUGCUAUUAAUACUGUCAAUGGUGCUAUACACAUGCGUAAUCGCAUCGCCCAACCGAGACAAAUCGCAGGAAGGCGCACUAGGUGUAAUAAGCGAGCUGAAGACAUCUUCUACAGAUCAAGAAAAUAGCGCAGUGUAUGAAAACAGAGAGCCCGGUGAAGAAGGAAGUAAAGAAGCAGGCACACCAAUACCAGUUGAGCAAUUGGACAGUGCCAUAAACAUGAACGGUACUUCUACGUCUUUAGACAUGUAUGCACCAGAUGAGCACAGCAAUUCUUCUUCUACAAAAGAAGAAAAAGAAGAGGUGUAUGCUGUGACGGAUCAAACACACUAUAUAGUAGAUAUGCUUAAAACAGCGUGCAGCAAAAAGAGAGAUACACUAGAAGAGAUGGAGGGCGCUGCACGUUUGGCUUAUGAAUUUGUUACGAAAAACAAUGAAGAACUACAGAGUAUUAAAGAGAAGUAUACUAAAUAUAGUUGUGAUUACAAUUUGGAUUGUAAAAAAACAGAUGUUCUAAAAGAAAAAAUUGAAAGUUACUACCGAAAUCCAAACAAUAUAACUCGAAUUCCAAAAGACGAAAAUGCUGAAUAUGAAGCAGAAAUGAAAGAGAUUGAUGCGCUAUAUGAAAAGAUCUGUGAUGCAAAAGAAGACAAGGAAAGAGCAUUAGAUGAAUAUAUAGAAGCUGGCAUGGUUGGAAUAGACCUAGAAAAAAAUUCGAAUAUAUCGGGAGAAGACACCUUGAAGCACUACUCACAUGCGAUAGAAGAGGAGAAAGCGCUGCUU